AAAGCUCGCCGCUACAGCACGCAUGAUUAUCGCUGCGCUCACGGCACGAUGUGACCAGUUGCGGUAUUUUUCGGUAUAUUUUGAAAUACACAUCGCUAACAAACAAUUUUUUGGCCGGCUACAACGAAUAUACAUUGCUUGAAUCACAAUCAUAAUCAUAAUGUUAAAUAAUUGGUUUAUUUCGGCCACUAGACGAUUCUUAUAAAGUGCUACCGAUGGACAUAAUACUACCCGACCUGCAAGAUGAGCAAAGGUUCCUUGACUGCGCCUCACGCAUACAAUAUGACGAGUUCAACGCAAAAUUGUUUGCCUUCUACGCGUUUCGCAGUGAUGUGGAUGUCUAUCAGCUGAUAGCAGAUGAUAGGCUAGUGCAAUUGAUUCUUGCUUGGGAUGCCUGUCAGUUGCAUAGUCGCGAGUCCAUUACCGAGGAACUCAUCUACAUUGUCAAGGUGCUGGUUCAUCAUUCACUGCAGUUGUGGUUUGGCCAAGAGUGGAUGAGCUGUGCCGAAAGUCUGCGGCGCAUGCUAUUGUAUUAUCUGGGCAAGGCCGCGAAUAUCUUUGCGCAGCUUGACGGCCUCUGUGAUAUCGACUGGCAGUAUUUGCUUAAUUUCCAAACCAAUCCUUGGCAUGUUUCCUACUUGCAACACAUCUUUGCCAAUUUGGCACAGAAUAAACAUCAUGUCAUUGAACAUUCAGUGCCACCAGCCACAGUGGAGGACGUUACGUAUUUUAGACAGGAGCAUAAGCAUCUCAUUAUACUACGCCUGCUUAAGCUCUUUGAUGCCGGCAGCAUGGAGGCAGUGAAACAGCUCUCGCUGCGCAUCCUGGCCGCUUGGUUAAAGUGCAAUGCCACUGACCAGCUUGGGGACGAGCACGAGGACCAGGAACAAGAAUCUAUUACUCUAGUGGCACAUCUUUAUCUACUCACGGUAUUUACGUUGGAUGAUAAUCGAGGCUACGUUAUUGACAAUAUGAUGUACAACAUUCGCUUCUAUGCCCAGAGCAUGCAGGAAGCGCCCCAUGAGGAAGACUACACACCAGCCAGAUUAAUUGCCCAAGUGUGUGUGCGUCUGGGCCUCGGCAAAGAUGGCUUCUUCGAACGCAUUGUACUUAAGAAGUUCAACCUGAGCAUGACCACACCGUUUGCUGUCAUGCUUAAAGCCUAUACUAGCUAUGUAUUGGGCAAUCAGCUACUGGAGUUGAUGGCGCUUAAUGAGCAUGAUUUUAUGGCUCAGCUGGAUCAAUUUAAGUCGCUAAUGAAUCAGUAUAUAAAAGAACGAGAGGGCAGCGAAGAGUUCUUAUUAAAUGAACUGCAAAAACUGGAGUUGCAGCGACAUAGUCACGCUUUGCCGCAUACUAUGAACAUGAAACUGAAUUAUCAACAACAGAUUUGUAAAGGGAAUCGAUCUGGGAACAUUGGCAACUACAAGAACUGCGACGAUGAUGAAAAACCAUUGCCCGAUGUGGACGAGGAGAUGGACAGACAAAUAGAUCCUGUCUUUCAGAAGGUGCCCAACAAUGAGAACGUUUUGGACUUUGUCUAUCAAUUGUUAGCAGCACGCAGUUUUCGUGGCUGGCAGUUUGCCAAGAUAGCGCUGCUGCUAAAAAUCAUUGGACAGAAGCUGAACACCAUCGAAGUGUGGCGUUAUCAUCCUGGCUUAACAACGCAGUUUAUGCUCAAUCUGGAGAACAAUCUGUCCGUUAACUAUGCAGACUUGGCCAAGGUGUUUUCUGAGCAAGGCUUUAUGGAAUCGGAGUUUUGGCUUACCGCUUUCUACCUCAAUCCCACAAGCGCUAAUUACAAUGAGGUUAAACGUUGCUCCCGCUAUAAAAAGAAACGCAAGGAUGACGAUGAACAAGCACCACGAAAAGAAUCGUCUCGAGCUGAGAAAGUGGAUCACACCAAAUAUGAGCUAUUAAGCUCAACCAUUGAUGUGGAUGAAAUUGUUGCCAUCACGAAUCACAAUGCACCCGUAACCGACUAUGAUCCCAUCUGUAAAGCGUUGCAAGCAUUGCGACUUCCGAGUAGCAUAAUCAAAGAUUUGUUGACGGUGGCAUUUCAACCGCGAAACAAACGUUAUUCAUGGGCAUUGGAAUGGAGUACGUUACAUGAGCGUUGUGGCGCCUUACUGAAGAGCAGAGAUCUUAAAAAUAAAUUCGUGGCACUCAAUAUGGCCGAGGCGAAUGAUAGACUAAAGUUUUUGAAAAUCGAUUAUGCGAAAUACAAAAAUCGACCGCAGCUAGACUAUGGCACUAUUGAAGAAGGCUAUGAGAAUGCGGUUGGCGGUGGCGAAACGGAAGGGGAAGCGAGCGCCGAUGAAGAUGAGGAUGCGGCGCAGAAAGCAGCGCGUGAAAAAGCCGAGAAAGAAAGAAAACGCAAGAGAAAUACGCGCAAGUUCUGGGAUGAAGUUACGGAUGAUGAAGAGGAGGAGGAAGAUCACGAAUCAGACGACUCAGAGGCAUAUUACACGGGGUCUGGACGAAGAACUCGUGUGCGAGCAGCUGCUGUCGUGGCAAAUGCGAUGAUCACUGACAUGGACAGAGCCAUGCGAAGUGGCCGACGAUCACCAGCAGCUGAGACUGAAACGAAGCAACAAGAAGUAGAAGAGCCAAAGCCGCAAGCAGACCUGCAAGCGAAGCUGCCAAUCGAAGAGCCAAGUCCACAGAAACGUUCGUUUGAUGAGGUUCUUCAGGCGCAGGCCAAGUACAAUAAUGAAACAAAUGGAUUUAAAGCUUUUGUGGACAUUUGGAGCUUCGAGAAGGAAGAGGCGAUAAGUGCAGACAAUGAUAAUAAGCUCAUGGAAAGUAACACACUUCUCGGCAAGUUUAGAAACUUACAGGGUCUGAGGCAGCGCACGACACCCGUGAAUAUCGAAAGUAGUACAGCAGCAGUAGAAGUUACAGCAACAACAAUUGAGGAUGGUGUGAGACGUUUGAGCAGCAACAGUGAAGCGGACAGCUUGCACUCUGGUACCUCGACGAUGGCCAUGCGAGAUGCCAGUGAGUGCGACGAUGGACAAUCUGGCGUAAGUAAAGAGUUAACGCCCCCACCGCGUACAUCUGAUUUUACAAGGGAGACACAAGUGUUCCAGCUCAACAUCGGUAAAGUCUGUGCAGCGGAAGAGGCUGCGCUCGGGACCAACGCAGUUGCCGAGACGGUCACAGCGCCGGAGACGGACACGGUGACGACCAUGGAAACCAAGACGUUUACUGAACAAGUAAGAGAAACACCAACGAGGGAUUUGCAGGGGAAUCAUACAAAGGAUCAACUUGUGGAACCACAAAGGGAAAUGCAGUUCAAAUUGGAGAGGUCAUCCAGUACUGAAAGUCAAAUGGAGACAUUAAAGGAAUUGCCAUGUAUCAAGUCGGAGCCUGCAUCAAAUUCUGAAUCUCACAUUAGGUCCAUAAAAUUGGAACAAGAUUCGAACGCUGAAUAUCCAAUUGAGCAGCAGGAAACUGUACGUAAUAGUGGAGGCUUCUCAAGGGAAUUAACGGCACGACUCAUCGAAGAAUGUCUCAUGCGGAAGGCUGAAGUGCGUCUGCACAGACUAAGCAUACAUGACAUUGAGAAACUACGCAGGGUUCGAGUGCUUGUUAAGCGCACAAAUUUCUGCGAGUAUUAUCGCGAGCAGGAGAGACCUGCGUCCCGCGGUAAGCGAAGUCACCCGCAUACUGAGGAUAGUAACGCCUCAACGACUACAUCGGAGACGAAGAGAAAAAAAUCAAAGCGAUUUGUGCACAUCACUUCGGAUACGCCGACGCCAAUAGCUAAAAGUCUAAACCCUGAAAAUUCUCGUUUUAAGCACUUCAAGCGAUUCAAGCAUAUUACCUCGGACUCUUCGACCUCAACCGAUCAGGAGGACCGAGUGGUGCGUCCACCGUCGGUAAAGCGACGCCGUGGUCCAAAGUUUUAUCAAACCGCACUGAAGAUUAAGCAAAAGAAACCAUUGAGAGAGAAACAUGUCACUGCAGAUUCAGUUGUCAUUGAGCUCUCAUCGGACUCGCGGUCGUCCUCAUCAUCUCCCGUGCCAAUGGCUGUGUCAGGAAAUUCAAAUCGUUUUCCCGACGUUGCCAUGCCGCGAGAAUUGGAUCCACUCUAUGAGGAGGCAAUUGUGCCCUUCUGAGCAGGCAAACGAUUUGCUUCAGCAUUGCUCAUAGCCUCGGGCUACGUGCUUGGAACGAAUGCAGUCGGGGGUUGCACACCACGCACACACACACACACAUAUACUUACACAUACUUACACAACAGCUAGCUCAGAAAACUGCAAAAGGGAAGAAGAAUUGUGCACACAAGCAGCUUGGAAAAUUGAAUUUGCGUCGCUUGUUAGAAUGCAAUUAGCCUGAGGCAUAUUCGCUGCGUAUGUAUUUACUUUUUCUCGGACUGUGCCAGGACUUUGAUCAAAUUAUAUGUAUGCGCAGGACGACGAAUGUCGUCCAUAUUCGGGGUUUCUUGGGCGCGUUAAAUAAUAGCCUGUAUUUGGUUUACGCAACUGUGAUGUUGUUGCUGUUACCCCCAGGGUAUUAAUUUUUUGGACGACAAAUAUUUAUUAAAACGCAGCUUCCUUUUCUUUUUUUUACACACUUUACAUUCAUUUCAGCAGAACGCGUGUUGCAACCUCACACUUCAAUUAACACAAUAAUUGAUACGCAUUAUGAAUCCAACAAAAUCUCAAUUAGCCACACGCGACCAGCGGCCACUUGAACAACAAAUUCACACUCAACACCAGACACGUGUGUGACUGGUGUAAAUUUCGGUGGCAGUGCUAAAGAGUGUAGGCCAUAAAUCAGGAGAUCAUAAGAGUAACAAAUUGCCAUUAAAAUCGUAAGUUUGUUUUGAGAAAAUAAAAAAUUGGUCUCACAAUACCUUCAUCGGGCUUAUGAUGUUUUUUGUAUAAACUAAACAAUCAUGUAAAUACUUUAAGAAAUAAAUAUUAAUUUGUAAAAAUCAUAUAUUCAUAUAUAUUAAGCAAAUGUCCUAAUAAGUAGUGAUGAAAUAAGU